UGCGCGGAUUCUAGCCCAAGCUGGAUGCCAUCUUAUCAUCACAGCCAGAAACGAAAGCAGGGGCGAAGAAGUAAUAAAGGAGCUUAGGAAUGGAGCUCAUGUUGAUACCACGGUGAAGGCGAUGACGCUUGAUGCAGCAUACUUUGAAUCUUUACAUCGUUUUGGUGCGGAUGUUCAACGUCUCUCGCAUUUGGAUAUGGUGGUUCUCAAUGCGGGGGUGUAUCGAACUGAUUAUACCACUUGUCCGGAGACUGGUUGGGAAGAGACUUUACAGGUCAACUUUAUAAGUACUUAUAUCCUCUCUCUCUUACUCCUUCCCCUUCUAUUGAAGAGUCCCGUACAAGGCCGUCUACUCCUCGUAUCAUCCGAGGCACACGCAUGGGCAAAUAUAGAAAACCACGGUCUCCACGACCUAUUACACUCUCUCAACAACUCAGACAAAUACAACUGCUAUGACCGAUAUCACGCCUCAAAGCUUCUCGUUGUCUUGUGGGCCAAGGAACUAUCCCAACGUCUCGAUCCGCAAAAGGUGUUGGUCGCUUCUGUUUCACCGGGAUACUGCCUUACAGGCCUCUUUCGGGACUUUAAUACAAAAACUGUUUCGUACUGGCUGGAGCGGAUAUUCUGUCGAAGUGCUGAAAAUGGCGCGUGCGAAUAUGUUGUUGCUCUGGCUAAUUUGGACACUACGAGUGGGGGGAGGCUUUUUGCGAACACUACUGAUUAUCCACCGUCUCGAGCAGCGAGUUCAGAAAUAGCGGAGAAGAUUCGUGCCAGUAUGUAUCAAAAUAUGGCUGUCAUUCUGCCGGAGUCGAUAUCAGUGUUGCUUCAACUGGACCAGCUAGAUGUAUAGACAUCCCGUGUAACCAAAUUGGAGUGGAUCUGGUUUAUCCCAACCCCUUCUUUAGUUAGAUCGAGGCAGCAUACCCAGGC